CCGGGGCCGGGCCGGGCCGCGCCAGGCGGAGCGGGCGGUGCUGCCCUGCCCUGCCCUGCCCAGCCCAUCGCGGGCGCCUCUGGGCGGCUCAGCGCGGGCGGCCCCGCAUCGCUGCCGGAAUGCGGUGCCCCGCCGUGGCAUGAGCGGCGCCCGCAGCCCCUCGGCCGCAGGAGCGCGCCCGGGCCCUCGGCGCCCCGCGCCGCCGCCCGCAGCCCUGGAGCCCGGCAGGAAGCGGCCGCCCCGCAGGACCUGAAGCCUCGGUCAAUGGCUAUAAUUUUGUUUCCUGAAAUAACUACCAAGGAUUCAUCAGGCAGCUACUGCCUUUAGCUGCCUUGCGUGAAUCUCAAGUGCUUCGUUACUCCCCCGCAGGUUUAACGUACCGGCAGCAUGGCUACAAGUGCCGUUCCCAGCGAGAACCUCCCAACGUACAAACUGGUGGUGGUCGGAGAUGGAGGUGUGGGGAAGAGCGCUCUCACCAUUCAGUUUUUCCAGAAGAUUUUUGUGCCAGACUAUGACCCGACUAUUGAAGAUUCCUACCUGAAACACACUGAAAUAGAUGGGCAGUGGGCAAUUCUUGAUGUUCUAGAUACUGCAGGCCAAGAGGAGUUCAGCGCAAUGCGGGAGCAGUACAUGAGGACAGGAGAUGGUUUCCUGAUAGUCUACUCUGUCACAGACAAGGCUAGCUUUGAACAUGUGGACCGGUUCCACCAGCUGAUCCUCAGAGUCAAAGACAGAGAGUCUUUCCCAAUGAUAUUGGUGGCAAACAAAGUUGAUCUAAUGCAUUUACGGAAAAUCACCAGAGAGCAGGGAAGAGAAAUGGCAACAAAACAUAAUAUUCCUUAUAUAGAAACUAGUGCCAAGGAUCCACCUCUGAAUGUCGACAAGGCCUUCCAUGAUCUCGUUAGAGUAAUCAGGCAGCAGAUCCCAGAGAAAAGCCAGAAGAAAAAGAAGAAGACCAAGUGGCGCGGGGACAGAGCCACGGGCUCCCACAAACUGCAGUGCGCGAUUUUGUGACCGAGGGCGGCCCGGGGGGGCCCCGACGCGGCCCGCGGGCGCCCCCGGCCGGGACGCGGCGCCGGCUCCUUCCCGCGGCCUCCGCCGUGAUUUAUUUAAAAGAAAUAACAACAAGAGCAAAAGGAAAAAAAAAAAAAGGAAGAAAAAGCGUUGGUUUUAUCUGCAGACGUUUCUCCGUGUGACCCGUUUAGAAGCAGCCGUGAGCAGCCCCCGUUUGGUACAGUCGUGUGUGCAUGUGUGGGGGAAGGAAAGGGCUUUUCUUUCCCCCCUUUUCUUUUUUUCCUCCCCCCUCUCCCCUAUUCCCUCUUCCCCCUCUCUUUUUCCCCGUUGUUUGCUCAGUGAGCAUUGGGUCGGGGAGAAACACGGCUGGGGGGUGGAUUUUUUUGCACUGAACUCUCUCUCUCUCAACACGGCGGUGCCAAAACACGACUUCAUACGAAAGUGCAUAGAUGCGAAGGAAGAAAAUGAAUCCCAGCUGCUCUGGGCGCUCCAGACAUUGUGUCAGACUCUGGAGGGCGGCCAGCUCGCGGGCCAGAAACGCCAGCGCGCAGAAGGAGCUUCGGGCGCGGGGCGGGGGGAGGGUGUUCUGGUUUGUUUUGUUUUUUCUUACCCUUUGUCACGAGGUUUUGUUUCUGUUUUGUAAUUUGGGGCAUGUCGAAGUUAAGACAUUUUGUUAACCUGGAGGUAUUUAAAUUAAAAUAAUUUACAAAUGGAA